GGGCGUUUUUUGGAAGAUUUCUUUUGCACUUUCUCCUGUUUUUUUUUGUUGUUGUUGCACUUUGCACUUUUUUGUAUGUUGAUAUUUAUUAAAAAAGAGCAGUGGCAUGUAAAUCUCAUACUUCACUAAUGUGCCAGUCUUACAAAUGGAAAGGGGGUUUCACUUUGGAAACGUGAGCAUUUCCCUGGUGCUCCUGCUGCUCCUGCUGCUGCUCAGAGUGCUCACCGGUGCAGGGUCGGAGGAUGUUGCGGGGAGAGGAGCCGUGCAGCGCGGCUUGGAGAGCGUCGGCUCCCCGGUCAGUGUAGCGGACGUCACCGUGGAGGACGACGAGAACGGGUCUGCUGGAGAGGCCGACGAGACUUUGGGGGACAGCAGCAACAUGCAGCCGACCAGGUCUCUUGUGAUCAUCAGUACACUGGACGGGAGGAUCUCUGCUCUGGACCCUCACAACCAGGGCAGGAAGCAGUGGGACCUAGAUGUGGCCUCAGGGUGCCUGGUGUCGUCCAGCCUCAGCAAACCUGAGGUGUUUGGCAAUAAGAUGGUCAUCCCUUCCCUGGACGGUGCCUUGUUCCAGUGGAACCGGGACCGGGAGAGUAUGGAGGCAGUGCCUUUCAGUGUGGAGUCCCUGCUGGAUUCGUCUUACCGGAUCGGGGAGGACACUGUCCUGGUCGGGGGCAAAUCUCUCACUACCUAUGGCCUGGGGGCCUUUAGCGGCAAGCUUCGGUACAUCUGCUCUGCGGUGGGCUGCAGCCGCUGGGGGGACGAGGAGCUGGAGGCCGAAGACGUGCUCCUGCUGCAGAGGACCCAGAAGACGGUGCGAGCCAUCAGGCCGCGAUCAGGGAUGGAGAAGUGGAACUUCAGUGUCGGGAACUUUGAGCUGAAGCUCCUCACCGAGACGCAGUCCGGCAUGAACUUCCUGGAGGGGGAGAUGGCGAACGGCGACGCCUGGAGGGAGAGUCAGCGUAUCAUCGCUGACGAACCGAAAGAGAGAGGGCAGGCGGAGAACAAGCAGAACCAGAUCCUGGACCUCGUCAUCAAAGUGUCUGUUCCCGAUUGGAAGGUCAUGGCCUUCAGUGCGGCGCCGGAUGGACAGCUGGUCUGGGAACGCCAGUUCUGCACACCCAUCGCUUCGGCUUGGCUGGUGGGCGGGGGCAAAGUCACGCCCAUCGCCCUGUUCGACGACAACGCCUACAGCAACCAGUCAGAGACUGAUGAGGAGGACGAGGACGACGAUUCCCGUAAGGCCAGAGGAGCAGAGGAGUCCAGUGUUUACCUUGGAAUGUACCAGGGACAGCUCUACCUCCAGUCCUCAGUGAGGAUCAGCGAAAAGUUCCCUUCCAAAGCUAUCGGACCGAUCAAGGACAUAAUUCCUCUACCAACAGUCAAGUGGAAGCCGCUAGUCCAUUCCCCGUCUCGGACACCAGCCCUGGUCGGUUCUGAUGAAUUCGACAAGUGUCUGAAUAAUGACAAGUUCUCCCAUGAAGAAUACAGCAACGGAGCCCUGUCCAUCCUUCAGUAUCCAUACGACAACGGUUACUACUUCCCCUACAAGCGUUACCGGGAGAAACGGAACAGUGCCGUCAGCCUGAUAAAGGGAAACGAGGCGGGGGCUGAGGGUCGCAGGAGAAAGGACCCGGUGCUGCUGCUGCCCUGGUGGAAGGAGAUCCUCGGCACCAUCGUCUUCUGCAUCGCCGCCACCACCUACAUCGUCCGCAAGUUCUUCCACCCUCCCGCCCCGGUGGCCUACGUGAGGCAACGGAAGGAGUCAGAGACACAGUGCCAGACGGACUGCAAGUUUGACCUUGAGGUUGUGGAAUCCAAAGAGCCGGUUGCCAUGGAGACCCGUUCCAGCGAAUAUGUGUCCAGGUACCUGACUGACUUUGAGCCGGUGCAGUGCCUCGGCCGCGGGGGGUUCGGCGUUGUGUUUGAAGCCCGCAACAAAGUGGACGACUGCAACUACGCCAUCAAAAGAAUCCGUCUGCCCAACAGAGAGCUGGCCCGCGAGAAGGUGAUGCGAGAGGUGAAGGCCCUGGCCAAGCUGGAGCACCCGGGGAUUAUCCGCUACUUCAACGCCUGGCAGGAGAGCCCCCCCGAGGGCUGGCAAGAGGAGAUGGACCAGAGGUGGCUGAAAGACGGCAGUACCACCGACUGGCCAAUGAGCUUCCUCGACCACAUGGAGGCGCUGUCAGUCAAAGUCCCAGUGUCCAGCUCGGUGUCACCGGUCUCCGGGCCCGGAGGAGACGUCCUGGAGGCCUCUGUGGAUACGCGGGCCCUUCUCUCCAGCAGCGCCGGCAGUGCCGUAGGCUUUGGAGACCUGUCCUUCCACCCGAUGCUGGGCCACGACAGCCUGAUGUCCGAGCCGGACAGCCAGGCCGACCCUGAUGUCUCGGACACCCCCCACUCCUUUGAGCUGUGUCCCCCACGCGGCCCCAGCGACUGCACCUCCUCUUCCUUUGACAUCGUGUUCGAGGACUCGGGCUGCGACCGAGAUGCUGACGCGGACACGGACUCGGCCUCGGCCUCGGCCUCCGGCGCAGCCAGUCCGAGCUCCACGACGGAGAAGAACAGCUCGUCUUCCUCACGCACCAGACAACAGGAGUCCGUCCCGCCCUCCUCUUCCUCUCCCCGGCCAACCUCACUUACCCUGGCUAUCCCCCCAACUCCUCAAACCCAGCGAGCCCAGCCUUCUCCCAAGGUGUACCUGUACAUCCAGAUGCAGCUCUGUCGGAAGGAGAACCUGAAGGACUGGAUGGCUCAGCGCUGCCUCCCGGAGCAGAGGGAGCACAACCAGUGUCUGGACAUCUUCCUCCAGAUCGCAGAGGCCGUCGACUUCCUGCACAGCAAGGGGCUCAUGCACAGGGACCUCAAGCCCUCCAACAUCUUCUUCACGAUGGACGACGUGGUGAAGGUGGGAGACUUCGGCCUGGUGACGGCCAUGGACCAGGAGGAGGACGAGGACGAGCCGAGCGCCCUGACGCCCGCACCGCUGCUGACCCGACACACGGGCCAGGUCGGCACCAAGCUCUACAUGAGCCCAGAGCAGCUCUCUGGAAACUCGUACUCUCACAAAGUGGACAUUUACUCUCUGGGUCUGAUCCUGUUUGAGCUGCUGAACUCCUUCAGGACCCAGAUGGAGAGAGUGAGGACGCUGACGGAGGUGAGAGCGCUGCGCUUCCCAGAGGUGUUCUCCAAAAACAACGUUCAGGAGCUGAGCAUGGUGCGCAGCAUGCUGUCGUGGAGCCCCGCCGAGCGUCCCGAGGCGGCCGAGAUCACGGGGACUCCUCUCUUCCAGGAGCUGGAGCUGGAGCUGCCUUGCCGACUGGCCAUGAGGCAGCGCUCCCGCACCUACAGCGCCUCGUCCAUGGGCCGCCCCUCGCGCCAGUCAUCGUCUACCUGAGAGUCCCCCGGGACGCAAUAUGUAACCCCCAUCCCACUCAGCCACCCCCCCCCCCCCCCAAGAGAAACACCUCAGCCCCUGUGCCAUCACACACUGCCUCAGAACUUUGAAACGCUCAAGUUACGACAAACGUGCAGGAAUUUAUCUGCGUGGCUUCAGAGCGGCGAGAGACAAAGUCCUGCACAGUUGCUCCCCUUGGCAAACACACACACACACACACACACACACACACACACACACACACACACACACACACACACACUGUUACAUACUCGCACACCAUCAUGCCCACGUUCCCAAUUUUAAUCACACUUACAAGUGAUAGAAUAUUUUAAAAGCAACAUCCGUUCUGUAAUGUCCACGACCAGACUUGGCUCAAGUGGCACACGCGAAAUCAUUCUUAGUGGUUGUUUUAAAUGUCUCUGAGUACCAGAUGGGCAGUGGGUACUAAGCUACCAUCCACAGGACAUUAGAGCUAAUGGAUUUGGACGUGUUUCCAUCUGACAUGGCUAACUGGAUCAUCUGGUACUCUGAGAUGAUAGACAAACAAACACGCUGAGAACCGUUAAACAUAUGAUUUGACGCCGGUCCGGUCUCAACACGCUGCUUGCUCCCAAACAUUCAGCCAGUGUUCACUCACCAUCGCUACACCUCAGGUAUCAAAAACCAAGAGGACACUCCAAAGGGGCCUUUGAUGCUUGAUCAUCCUAUCUACUGGUGACCAGUACUGAUCACUGGUACGAGCACUAUCCGGUGUUCUGACACCCAAUAUGCCUGAUUUGGGAGACCAAAAAAAAAAAAAAAAAGACCAUCUUUUUUUCUUUUUUCCUACGUGUUUUUUUUAAAUAAGAGAAGGUGAUGUAUUGCGUCAAGAAGAGUUUAUGAAUCCAGGUCAUCUGAUAUGAUUUGCCUUUAGAAAGGGGCCCCCGGGGGCCUCCUCUGAAUGAAUGGCGAGCCCUCUGGCUCCUGUCUUUUCUGCAUGUACCUGAUAGGAAAGUGAAGGGGUGAGUGUGGGUUUGUUAUCUUAAAGCCAGUACUUGGAAGCAGUUUUUUUUCCUGUGUGUACAUUUACACGAUGACUCUGAGGUGCUCAAUCAUUUUUUCCAACACCUCCUCUCUGCUCUGUGUAUAUAACUGAAGGGGAAAAAAAAAAAAUCUGUUUAUAUCUUUUUCUUUGGUAAUUCAGAAGAUAUGUUCGAUCAAUCCUGUACAUAUUGUAAGGCGGCGUUGCUUGUAAAUGGCUUUUUUCAUGAGGCAACUGUAAGAUAGUGUGAUAUAGUG